CCACGCAUUCGCACAGCGCCCACAGCGAGCAACAGUCGCGAGUAAAAAUUCAAAUAUCGAAUUCUAAUCUCCGAUAUAGAAUUCCAAAUUCGUAAAUCAAAUAUUUUAAGAUCCUGCAUCGGUUUUUUUCUUCUAAUUCUAAAUUAGAACAUUCAAAUUUAAAAAUGAAGAAGUAUUCGAUCGUUGGAAACAAAAAGAAGGUGACGAUGGAGGAUAACCCUACACAGCUGAAGAUCGUUGGAAACAACUGCAUCGUGAGGGUCACAGUAAACCGUGGGGACAUUGAAGUGAUCGGGAACGACUGUCGGGUCGAAGUGACCGAUAACUAUGGAGUCAUCAACUUAGUUGGUGGAAACGGUGUUGUGUUCGUCAGCAAGCGAUGGAAAGGCGAUAGAGUCUCCGUCUUGGGGUCUAACUGCCAUCUCGUGGUAGCGGGCAAGGAGAAGAGCGUUGGAGGAUACGAAGCCCAGCUUUCUCCCUUCAGCAAGGACUUGGACAAUGUAAUUGAAUCAAUCUUCACUUUUGUGAUGCGGUGAUGAAGGAGGAGUUUGUGUGUUGGACUUAAGUGCUGUGAAUAGCUUCUUAAAUCGUGUCAGUGCGCCGAUUCCAGUCAGAUCCUCGACUUUGGAACGAAAUUCGUCAGACGACGUCAAAUUAAAUGCCAAAUGCUGGCCACUUAACAUUUUGUGAAAAAAUAAAUGUCUUUAUUUGAAA